AUGGCGACUACGGAAACCCAGGUAAAAUACAAGACGAGUCGAGACAAUCUUGUAAAAGUUGACGAGAAAGUAAACAAGUGGUAUAAAAAGGCCGCAGAAACGAAGAUUGACAAGGAGGAGGAAGCCGGCGAGAUCAUACGCAAAAUCAGGGAAGAUGAACGCAGAACACUCUUUGGAAAUCUUCCUUCUGAACAAAUCCCAGAGCCAGAGACUCUGGAUAUGGGGGGCCAGUUCUUGACCAACAGAGAUCGCAUUGAGAAGAAGAGCAAGCUUUACGAAAUUGCCGUGGAGGCACCUAAAGGGGCUCUCUUGCACCUCCAUUUCAAUGCGGAGCUGGAACCAGAGACCCUGCUUAGAGAGGCCCGGAGAAUGAGCAACAUGUUCAUUAGAAGCACGCUGCCCAUUUUAAAGAGGCAAGAUCUCGAGCAAGCGGAACUAGUUUUCAACGUUGUUCCGGAAGACACUGUGUCUCAGGAUAUAUUCUCGCCCGAUUAUUUCAAAGAGGGCGACAAAUUCAUCGCGAAGACACCGUUCGCGCCUAAUCACUGGAUGAGGUGGACUACCUUCCGUGAGGUGUGGAUUAAGAAGUAUGGACAAGAUGAAACGAUCACGAAAGAUCACCACGCCCUUACUAAAUACCCUGAGAGCAACGGGGGUUUUCUAGACAGCUCAGUUGAAGGAAAGUUCAUACCGGAUGCUGCAGAACGGUGGCUGAUCACCAAAAUGGUCCUAAGUGAGGACGAGGCCUACGGUCCCAGGCAAACCGUCAAUGGGGUCUGGGCUCGUUUCAAUCAAGCCACCCGUUGCUUUAAAGGGCUUCUCAAUUAUGAACAAGUCUACAAGUGGUACAUCGGCAACGCUAUCCAGCGCAUGAUCGAGGAAAAGAUCAUGUACGCUGAGCUGCGUCCUAUGCUGCUAGACAAGUUUAUUCCAAAGAAUGACGGCAUUGGCCAGAUAAGCAAUUCAGAGCAAAUGAAACUAAUAGUCGACGGAGUAAACGCGAAGAAAGAAGAGUUAAAGAAGCAAGGGCUCGAGGACAAGUUCCCAUUUGGCCUCAAGAUCAUCUAUUGCACGCCUCGCUCGAUUCCGAAAGUAAGGAUGGUUCAAGAAAUGCAAGACUGCAUUGAGCUGAAGCUCCAGUUCCCUGACCUCAUAUGUGGGUUUGAUCUAGUUGGAGCGGAAGACCGGCCUAACAACAUCGGGUACUAUCACCAGGAGUUGGUCGCUUUUCAAGAGACUUGCGACCGCUUGAAACUUGAUAUCCCAUUCAUGUUCCAUGCUGGUGAAACCUUACUCGACACAGGUGGCUCCGCGCGGCAAUAUCCACAGAACUCGAAUCUUUAUGACGCUGUCCUUCUGAAGAAGUCCAAGCGGAUUGGCCACGGAUUCUCCUUAACCAAGCAUCCUCACUUGAUUGAAGAAUUUAAGAAAAAGGACAUCUGCAUUGAGCUCUGCCCCAUCUCCAACGAGCUCCUACAUCUCUGCAGGAACGUGAAAGAGCAUCCAUACCCGCAACUGCUAGCAGCCGGAAUCCCGUGCACGGUGAAUAGCGACAACCCGUCCCUCUUCAGCAACUCCAUGUCCCACGAAUUCUACCAAGUCAUGGUCGGCACUCCCACCAUGAACAUCUACGGCUGGCGCCAACUCGCUGAAUGGAGUCUGGAAUACAGUUGUCUCUCCGCCGCCGACAAGAAGCGCGGCCUCGACAUUUUCAGGCGCGAAUGGGCAGAAUUUUGUGCCUGGAUCGUGAAGACUUAUAACACUCAUGCCGAAGCCAUAGUCGAGCCCACGCUCCCUAAGAUCUGA